AUGAACGAAAAAAGUCAAGCUACUUUCUCAGUUAAUGCCAAUAACAAUCAAGUAAAAUCACGAACCUGCGUCUUUAUCAAUUCUAAUGAUCCCUCUGUGAAAAAUCAGAUGAUUAACAAUCUUAAACCAUUUAUCAAACCUCCUUUCCCACCUGCAAUCGAUCCACAUGAUUUGAUAACUUUGCUUCCCAAUGGUAAAACAUCCAAAGCUCCUAAUGCAUUUCUUAUUUAUAGAAAAGCAUUCAUCGAUGCAGCUAGAAAGGAUGGUUAUUCACUCCCAAUGACAGUUAUUUCCACUAUGGCAUCUCAAUCUUGGAUGCAAGAAUCAGAGAUCGUUAAAAAUGAAUAUAAGCAACUUGCAAAGGAUGCAUUUGAUUAUCGUAAUGAAAUUGUUCCUAAAUCUGAACGUAGAAAAAAAAGAGGAAAAUGGAAUAUUAUUUCAUUCUCUAAACCUACUCGCAAAACUCCAAUUGUUAAAUCACAAAAAUCACAAAAAUCCGAGAAUAAGCAAAUUAUUGAACUACCGUCUCCUCCAAUAUCAUCACCUGAACCUGAAAUUGAUAAUACUUUUAAUAACACUAUUCAAACUACUGAAUUACGCACGAAUUUAAUUCCUGAGUUACCUUCAAAUUUGACACCUGAAUUAUCAUCAAAUUUGGAUGUUUAUACAGAAUGGGCGAACUUCUAUAACACACAAAGCUUCUUUUCUAGCCCAGAUCUUUCAGUUUCCGGAAAUAGUUCACCUGAAUUAAAUAAUUAUUAUGAAUUUGACCUCGGAAUCACUUCUUCAGAACCGAUGUUUGCUGAUUUUCUUAAUACGCAAGUUCAAAUAGAACAACCACAAAUGAUUUGCCCUCUAGUUAACAACAUGCCUUUACUUGGUGAUACUCAUGAUUUAGAAUCAACCGAUGAUAUCUCUUUGAAUAAUUCACUUAUUGGAGGUCUUGACUUUCAUAGCAACUUUACUGAUACGACUAUCGAUAACUUUACCUUUCCCGUGAUAUAUCAAAAUAUUUCUUAUGAAAUGGGAUUCGAUUAUUCAUUUAUUUUAUGA